AGAGAAUGAGUGGCAGCGAGGAAAAGCAGUGCUGGUGGGAAAAGGCGCUCUAUUCUCCCCUUUUUCCUGCAUCACAGUGUGAAGAGUGUUAUACAAAUGCCAAGGGAGAGAAUGGUGUAGGAGAAUUUGCAGAUGUAAAGGAAAUAUCCAAUGAUGAUGAACAUCUUUUAGAUUUUAAUAUGGUUUCUUCUGUUUAUGAAGCAAGAUGUGCAGAUGAUAUAAAUGCUGAGGCAAAACCAAAUGGCUUCAGGAAGAAGAUCUACUCCAGUGAUAGCUCCAGCUCUGAAGAGACAGCUUCAGAAGGUGGAAGUGAAUGGGCUGAUCCGUGUGAGGAGGAGCUUUUUUCUCGAACUCAACUAUAAAAACUGCAGAGUAGAACAGAUGCUUUAAAAGUAACAUGAGAUGGAAAACUAUCCUUCUUGAGGGUCUGUAGCUCUAAAACAACAACUUGAGUUUCCUCUUCAGUUAAUGGAUUCAGAUGUGUAUUUAUCUUUCUCUUCUUGCUUAUUUUAUAGAUGAGGACACAGCUGUCCUGUUGAAGAUUUUUUUUUUCCCCCCCAAAAAAAAUCCCUAUUAAAUUCUUGGCUAUUUGAACUAGACUAGAUUGUGUUGUCAAAUCAAGAAUGGAUGUGCAUGUGCUUGUCUUAGUAGUACCACUGCUUUUUUGCAUCUUAAUUGCAGUUAUUUUCAUUUGUAACUGUAGCCCUACCACUAUUACUAUCUUCUUAGCAUCGCAGUGUCUACAACUACUUCUGCUAUUCAGAGACUUCAGCUUUCUGCACAUUAGGCUUUGUUCUUUAAGAACUGGGAGAUAAAUACUUAACACUGUAAUCUAUCAGUGCCUUUCUGAAUGCAGGAGAAAAGCAUGAAUGACUUGUCCAGUCUUCAUUCAGUAAAUCUCAUAACUUUGAAGUAGGAACAACAGGGUUGUGCUUUAGAGACUUACAGAAACUGUGUUUUCUAUCCUAUGAUUCCCCCUCCCACAAAUCAACACUGAGGAUACCAUGGUUUGUAUUUUUGCUAACUGGAGAAGCCAAGGAUUUUUUGUAGGUAUGGAGGCA